AUGAGAAAUAAGAAACUAGAUAUUGUUGCUCUUCUUGAACCGAAAGUAAGUGGUUCUAAGGCGGAGAAGUUCAACCAAAAAUCUGGGUUCGGUCACUCUUUUAGAAUCGAAGCAAAUGAGUUUUCGGGAGGCAUUUGGAUUCUAUGGAAUGAUACAAUUUCAAUGGAUUUCUUGGUGGCUUCGAAUCAAUAUGUCCAUGGUUAUUGUAUUGACAAGUUAAUUUCAACAAGCUUCUUUGUUUCUUUUGUUUAUGCGAGCCCAAAUGGCAGUAUGCGGAAUUUGGUUUGGAAUCAAAUUAGAGCUCUUGCACCGAAUGAAAACUCUCCUUGGUUGCUUGGAGGAGAUUUCAAUGCUAUUUGUAAAUCUGUCGAGCGAAAGGGUGGAUCGCACAGUAGAACGGGAAUUUGUCUGAAUUUUGGCGAGUUUAUAUUCGAAGCAGGUUUACUGUAUAUAGGGUUUAAUGGUCCUCAAUAUACUUGGCUGCGGGGUAACCUUAGUCAGAGGCUUGAUCGUUGCUUGUGUAAUAACAGGUGGUAUAGCGCGUUCCCUGCCUCUGAAGUCUUGCGUUUGCAGAAGAUGGGACCCGAUCAUAGGCUGAUUCUAAUGUCAAUCGAGGUUCCAGAGAAUAAUCCUUUGUUUAAUAGCCUCAUAAAUCUUCAAAGUAAAUGUUGCAACUGGAACAAUGAGGUAUUUGGUCAUAUCGGCAGACGUAAGACUCUGUUACUGGCUAGAAUUCGAGGGGUUGAAAUCGCCCUGGAGCGGAGUGAAUCCACAUAUCUUUUGGACCUCUACGAGGCUCUUAAGAAUGAAAUUAAUGUGGUCCUUGAACAAGAAGAAAGCCUAUGGCAUCAAAGUCUAGAAGUCAGUGGAUUACGAAAGGAGAUCGCAACACAAUAUUUCCAUGCUACUACUAUUAAUAGAAGGAGGCAAAAUAGCAUUCGUAUGCUUCAGAUGGAGGAUGGUCGAUGGUGUGAUGAUCAUGAAGUGCUGUGA